GGCGUCUGCAGCACGCAGAAAGACCAGGGACAAUGACCUUUUUCCUCCCAGUGUGGAUGGAUUGAUUGAUCUCUGGAACAUCGAAAGUGCGACUCGCUUCUUCGAAGAACGAUAGAUUCCAAAGCACAGCCGGGUAAUUUACCCACCUCUGCAUUGAUUGAACACUGAAUUUCCUUUCUAUAUCAACUUUUAUAGGGCGUUUCGUUUUGCUUUUGCCUAUCCCAAAAUAACGCGCUACAUCAUAUUUUCGGACGUUUGUUUUACAGUAGACUUUCAGAUUGUAUUCCCUGUCCGGACAGAAUCGCAUUAGAUAUUUCCGCCCCGUUAUGUGAUAUCUGACCGGACGGAUGUUCGCCUCUGUAUCGGUGUGAUCGGCGAUGUGGUCAUGGCAGGUUUUGGAGCCCAGAAGUGUCCGAAGAGUGAUAAGUUGGACGAGGCGCAGGCACUGGCCCGCAGCUGCGCGGGGAGACCGGACUUCUUGCCGUGCGAUGGGCUGUUAAUAUGCGCCACGCACAGCCACGGAAAGUGCUUCAAGUUGCACUGGUGCUGCCACUUGGGCUGGUGCCACUGUAAAUAUGUUUACCAGCCCAUGACCAGUGUGUGCCAGCUGCCGAGCACGGCGGUGCCCUCUGACCCCUCUGAGUCCCCACCCACCAUGAACCUGUCUGUCUCCCUCACCGAACGCUUCCUGAAGAUCGCCCCCUGCUUCCAGUCCCCGCCGUUCCUUCAGUCGCCCAAAUACUGUGUCAUAGCAGACCUCUUCAUCGACGACUACAUCGUCAAACGCAUCAACGGGAAGAUGUGUUAUGUUCAACGUUCUCCUCCUCCCAUCCCUGAUCCUCCUGCUGCUGCACCUCCUCAUGAUAGGGAGCACCACCACCACAGCCCUGUAGACAAGCUGAAAGGCCCCAAGAUGGACCACUGCUCCUCUCCAUCCAGCUCCGAGGACUCUGGGAUCAACGCGCUAGGUCGGCACUACCUGGAAUCCUGUGAGUCAGAGUCAGAGGAUCAGAAUGAAGUGUUGAGCGGCGAUGGAGAUGGGACAUCUAGCCUCUGUAGUCUCUGGGACCAGGAUGAGACCUCUCUGUUGUCUCCCUCUAAGUCCAUGGUGGAGAUCAUCGAGAAGAUUGAGACCACUGUGUGACAGACAGACACUUCACUGAGCACACCAGAGAGAUACAACUAUAUUCUACUAUAUAUAUGGAGCACACCAUGGGAGCAUUUGAAAAACAGCUCCAGAUUUCUUGAGUUGGAUUUAAGUUGGAUUUAAGGGACCUACAGUCCACCUAGUGGAGUUGACUUUGUUGUGGUCAGAUAUACAUUAGGUAACCCCACAUGAUAAUGACCCUAUGUGUUUUCUCAGAGACGGUCAAGGAUCCCAGGUAUGGAUGGUCUCUGGUUUAUCCACCCCACUCUAUAUCUCUCCAGAACCCCUGCAUGGUUUGUUAGAUAGAUGGAACUGUCUCCUGUAGCAAAGAUUUGACUAGAAAUACAGAGGAAAACAUGUCCUUUGACACUCACAGCAGCUGACCAAAUAUACUACUUACUAGUCCAUCAACAGCCAAUCACAGCCUUUAUCAGCCCCUUAAAUACCAACUACCAAGCCUUGCGCCAACAACUCCUGCCUGCUUCUAAAAAUAGAAUCACAGUUGAAAUUUUCAGAGAGAACUUUGAAGUUGUUUGACAAUCAAGAAAGCACAUUCCUUCCUCUACCUGCUGUGAAGACCCAACUACUCAACUCCUAUCAGCCAAUGAUACAGUGUGGAAAUACCAAAUCACAUGUUUACCAGAGCAAAGCAUGGUAACCUAAGAGGAAAGAGGACCAGUGAUUCCCACAGCUACUAUGUACUUUAUUACCUUGACCAGAAGCAGUGAAGUUACUGUCUCCUUUCCUCUUGAGGUGGUCGUUCACACCAGAGUAACUGCUCAGAAUAAAAGCACAGCACAUACUGUACUGUAUCCAUUACCAUACUGUACUGUUCAGUACUACUCAUUACCAUACAGUACUGUUCAGUACUACCCAUUACCAUACAGUACUGUUCAGUACUACUCAUUACCAUACUGUACUGUAUCU